AUGAAACCUGAUAGUGUUUUAAUUUUUUUAUUCUUCAAUUCGAUUUUAUGGAGUUUAAUUAAUUCUGUUAAAAAUAAUAAAAAUCAAAACGAGUUGAUUAGAGUUGAAGAAACCUCAAAGGAGUUAAAUAAAAUAUUAAAUAAUGGGGCUGAAUCAUCGGUUGCCCUCCAAAAUGAAAAAUAUAGAGAGACUUUAAAAUCAACUACCAAAAUUACAAAAAAGCAAUUAACUGAAAAUAAUGGAGAAAAAGCUAAAUUAAAGCAAAAAGAAUAUAUGAAGAAUUACUACCAGCAACACAAAAAGGAGAUAAAAAACCAAUAUAGAAAUUACUACAAAAUAAUAAAGAAAAAAGACUACAAUAUUUGA